AUGAAGAGUAUCGCGGCCUUGACAGGCUUGAUAUGGCUUCUGGGUGCGUGUACGAGUGCUGUGGGCCUACAGACUCGUGCGGUGAAUGCAACGGCAUUACAAUCGUUGCCCCAAUGUGCAUCACGAUGUCUGGCCACCACACUGCCAGCAUUCGAGUGCGGAAUCCAGGAACCCUGCUUUUGCAAUAACAAUGACCUGUCUCGGACAUUCAGCGCAUGCAUAAGCUCCGGUUGUGCGACACUGGAAGAUCGUCUGGAAACGCAACGCUUUCACGCCGAGACUUGCAGCAACCCCUUACGAGACAGAAGCACACUCACACGGGGCGUUGUCUGGGCGUUAUUUGGCUUGACCACGCUGUUCCUUGCAUUCCGAAUCCUGUCCCGAUCAGCGCUGCUCCAUGGCAGAGGCUACAGCUGGGACGACUUCGUGGUGCUCCUCUGCUUUGUCAUGCUGGUACCUCUGAGCGUCAGUCUGGAGUUCGAGAUUCGAUAUGGACUAGGAAAGGAUGCCUACAGAUCAAGUAUCAGUCAAAUUUCGGCCCUAUUGCAUUGGUAUUACUUCGGAGAGCUUCUUUACGUGGCAAUCGUUAUGCUGGCGAAAGUCGCUGUCGUACUGCUCUAUCUCCGCAUCUGGACGAACGAAGCAGUUAAGCCGGGCUUCCGACUGGUCUGUUGGGCAACGAUUGCAGUUCUAUUAUCGACAGUCCUGGCCUUUGACUUUGCGCUGAUCUUCCAGUGCUCGCCUAUCAGCUAUGCCUGGACCAAGGUCGCGAGCGACGAGACCGGUCGCUGUGUUGACAUCAGUCCGCUGAUGUACACGUUCGGCGCCCUUGACAUUUGCUUCAAUCUUCUCGUCUUUGUCUUACCGAUUCAGAGCGUAUUCGCCCUCAGUCUUUCAUGGAAGAACAAGUUCGGAGUAUCUUUGAUAUUCCUCGUCGGGCUCGCAGUCACGGCCGCUGCAGCUGCGCGUUUGCAAUACCAGAUUCGAUUCGAGGAUAGCAAUGUGAGCAGAAGUAUGUUCGGGGUCUGUCUCGGUCUCGCUAACGAUCAGUAG